UAAGAUCAGAUGAUCUCGCCGCUUUGGUAUAUAAAGAUAAGGCAAGAAAUGACCAAAAUCCAGUUAAAACAUUUACUUAAAUUGAAGAAAAUCGAAUAAUUUUUUUCAUUAGAAAACAUGCAAAUUCAUAAACGACUCUAUAUACCGUUAUUCAUAUUAAUAUGCAUCGCCAACUUUCUAUUGCCAACCACUCGUGCACACAUUUACAAUAAAUGUGUGUUGGCACGAAAACUGCAUGGCAUGGGCAUGCCCUUUCACGAAUUGAACGAUUGGAUGUGUCUGAUUGAGGGCGAGAGCUCAUUCAAUACGAAAGCUAUAAAUCCGUCGAAUGUGGAUGGUUCCGUUGAUUGGGGUCUAUUUCAAAUCAACGAUCGUUACUGGUGCAAACCGUCAGAUGGACGUCCAUCCACCAACUCCUGCCGUAUACCGUGUCGCCUGCUGCUGAGCGAGGAUAUACGUUUUGCGGUCGCGUGUGCUAAGUAUAUACGACGUAUACAGGGUUUCAGUGCUUGGGUAGCAUGGAAUAAUCGCUGUCAAGGUUAUAAGCCGAGUGUGCGACAUUGUUUCCAACAUAGUGGUCCAUAUUUUAGUUGAUGUAACCAGCAAGA